AUGUUGAUUAAGAUACUUCACAAGAUGUCGACGUUACACAAGUCUCAGUCUUACUGUGCGCCCAGAUCGUCCACAAAUGGGAACCAGUUUUCAGUCAACGACUGGAUGCAAGCCAUCAGAACUCCUACUCCUUAUAGAGUAGGCAAUGCAAAACUUCACGUGAAGCCCCGUAUGCUUGCAUAUGCCGCUAUCAUAUUUACAGCUGUGUUUAUUUUAUUUAUAUAUUUUAUACCUUCUCGUUCUAGUAGAUUUAGUUUGAACUGUAACAAUGAUUUCAUUGGUCAAAAAUUCGUAAAUAAUGUUAUGUUUGAUUCAACUUAUCCAUUUACAAGUCCUAUCAAAACAACAUUAGGAACACAGUAUAGAAUAGCACUUGUGACAGAUUUAGAUACGGAUUCUAAAAGUACUGAGAAUAAAAAUACUUGGAAAAGUCACUUGAAAUAUGGAAAUUUGACUAUAAAUGAUAAUUAUUCAAAGGUUAUGAUAAAUUUUGACAAGACUGUGACAUUAACUUCAAAAGUAUCAGAGGGUGGAAGAGGAAUGGAGCUGUCCGAAUUGAUUGUUUUCAACGGAAGAUUAUACACAGUGGAUGACAGGACAGGAAUUGUAUAUGAAAUUAUUGGCAGUCGAGUAGUGCCAUGGGUUAUACUUAGUGAUGGCAAUGGAAAAGAGCCAAAAGGUUUUAAAUGUGAAUGGGCAACUGUAAAGGAUGGAAGAUUGUACAUUGGCGGACUUGGCAAAGAAUGGACAACUGGAGAUGGUCAAGUACAGAACACUAACCCACAAUGGGUCAAAUCUAUAGGACCACAUGGGGAUGUUAUGCACCAUGACUGGAAGGAAAAUUAUAAUGCCCUUAGAGCUAAGAUGAAUAUGAAUCUUCCAGGAUAUAUGAUCCAUGAGGCAUGUGUAUGGAGCUCAAUACAUCAAAGAUGGUUCUUCCUUCCGAGACGCGCUAGCACCGAACGUUAUGACGAAGUAGCUGAUGAAAAACGUGCCACAAAUCUUAUGCUCACAGCCAGUGAUGACUUUUCAAAAAUCGAAGUUUCUACAGUGGGAAAGUUGAACCCGACACAUGGGUUCUCAUCAUUUAAAUUCAUUCCAGGGAGUAAUAAUAAUAUCAUAGUAGCAUUAAAGUCGGAAGAAGACGGGGAUAAAAAAGCAACGUAUAUUCUAGUGUUUGAUAUAGAAGGGCAUGUAAUAUACAGUGAAAAGAAAGUCGGUGAUAUGAAAUUCGAAGGGAUAGAGUUUGUAUGAUAACAGUUUUAGAACUAGCUUACUGUAGUAAUUUUUUUUAUAUCUAACAUAUAUUGUAUUUUAGGUUUUAUGUUAAAAGCAGAGAAUUUUAUACAUGGAAAGUUGUUACUUAAGAGAAGGGAAAUCAGUCAAUUUGAAAAAUGAAGUCACGUCUUUUAUUGUAAAUAUAAGUCUUAGUCUUUCUGAUUAAUUUCAUAUCAAUAAUCAUGGUUUUGAAUUGGAAGUUUGAUAAUGCAUCCUCUGUUUUAGUUACUCGUUAUCCUAAAGUUACAUAUUGAUAUUUUGUUUUUUAUUAUGUGCAUAUAUUUUGUUUGAUUCUAUGUGUUAAUCUGACUGAUAUUUUUUUGCCUGCACCCCAGUGAUUUAUUUGCAUAAAAAAGGUGGUAGAAUACACUGGUAGACCUUUGUUAAAACUGUUGAAUUUUAAGUUAAAUUUUUAUUUUUUUUCUUCAAAAAGCUCAAUCUUUAAGGCAUACCAGAACAUGUAUAUGUUGUUCUUUUUUUAAGAAACGCCAUUUAUGUUAUUAUAUAUAUUUUAUCUAUAUAAAAGGUGAAAACUUUGAAAAGAUUGUUAAAUUUGGCAAAAAGAUUUCUGAAGGGUUACCAUUUUAAAUUUUCACUGGAUUUAAAAGCAUCGCUUGUUGCAAAAAAAUGAGCUUAAGCUGUGGUGUUUGUGGUAUGAAAAUAUGAAAUAUGCUAUAGCUUCCAGUUUUUUAUAGCACAGUAUUGUGGAUUGCCAUGUUAUAUAUUUUAACAUAUUUGUUAAUAAUGAUAUAGCUGAAGAAGUGCCUUGUAAUAAUGUUUUAUUAUAAUGCAUGUUUGUAAGGUCAAUUUUCAUUGGUCAGUUGUGAUGUCCUUAUCUUCUGUAUAUACAGCUUCUGCAAAUAUAUGAUAUAAUUUUUAUUUUAUUUAAUCAUAGAAAGAAAUUUAUCUACGGGGUGCAUGUAUCUAUUCUACUUUUUCUGUUAAACGUCUUGUGAAAAUGUGGACAGUAUGAAGUGCUGUGUGAUAAAUUUAAUAUUUAUAAACUUAUUUCAAGGACUUUUUGAUAAGUUAUAUGACCUUUGUAUAAAAAAUGUUUCUUAUAUUACCAUUUCUUUGUCAUAUAACCUGUCCAAAAAAAAUCUUUAUAACUACUUGUUAUAUUCAUAAUAUAAGUCAGUAGUUUUUAUGAUGGGUCCAAGUUUAUGUAUGUUUAGUCUUGCAUUAAAAUGAAUUUGUUUUUGGCAGUGUAGAAUUUGCUUUACAGUAAUUUUUAAGUCCCUAUUAAUGUAUCAGCAUUAGAUAUGAUGAAUAUUUUGUUCCGCUUGUAGCACAUUUUGUGGACAUACAGUGGGGUUGUCAGUGGCUUGUAUUUAAGAAUCUAAUAUAUUUGCUACAUGUAUGUUCAAAGUGAAGUUUUAUUGCUUGUUAUCAUGAUCAGAUAUAUAUUGAUUUAAAGGGGAAUAAAGCUACAUCUAUUGAAAUAUUACUGUAGCAUCUAUUAACAGUAAAACUAUAUUGUUUCUAUAAUCCUUUGUUCGAUUCUUGAAUAGAAUGUCUCUGUUUUUUUAACAUUUCAUGAAUAUUGUAUGUUAAAAGAAUAAAAUGUUCCUGAACAAAAUAUUAUAUGCCGGUAUUUUUUUCAGUAGUGUUUUAACCGUGUAACAAUGAUUUUGUGCUUACGCCAUUCGCUUUUAGGGCAAUAAACUACUAUUUUUUUUCAUACAAGCAUUUUGGAAGUAUUCUAUUUGAAAAUUCAAGCAAAUCAGUUUACAAAUGUAGUCAUGAUGAUAAAUAAGUUAAAAAGCAUAAUUUGAAAAUGAGUCAAGGGUUUUAAAUUUAUGACACAAAUUCAUGACAGUUAAUAUUUUUGUCUUCGCUUCAUCCAGCUAGCUUACGGAAGGUCAAUGAUUCUGUUCGGAUGCACAUUGGUGCCUUAAAUAAUACACAAAGUAGCACUUGAGGUCUCUCUCUGCCAGUUAAAAGCUGGAAAAAUUGCAAUAUGACCGAGAAAAAAAAAUGUAUUUAACAUACCAUUGAGAACUAAGAUUUAGUUGUUAACUCAAGUAAAUACCAAUAGUUGGUAGAGUUUCUGAAGGGCUCAGGCUUCAACUGAUCUCCCUCUGAUUUAUGUGUUCAUGUGAAAUGUUGAGAUAUUUGCAUUGUUUAGAACAGCUGUAAUUGAUAGACUUGUUACUAUUGUAAAUUGUUACAGUUAAUUAAUAUGCUAUUUGUUACAAUUAAUUAGUAUGCUAUUUAUUUUGUUGUCUUUGUAGUAAUUAUAAACUAUGAUAAUAUGGUAUUUGUACUUACAUCAAACUAAAAUUGAAAUCCUGGAUAUUGUGUCAAAGGGCUCGGGCUGUCAUCCAGUGUUAGCGGUAUAUGUUUGUUGGUAUGUUCUUUUUGACUUUGUUAACAAAGUUUAUCCAGUAAUCAGCAAGGCCUUGUGAUAGGAUAAGCUUCAUAUUUGAGGCUUGAAAAGACAACACUUACAUAUUCUGUUUGUUUUUUAUCAGGUGAUAUUUUUGGACAAGAAGGGGCAUAAAGUGGUUGCCUAAUUAGAAUUCCUGCUAUCUAUGACUGAUUUUGUACACAAAUAUAAUAUGUUAAUCUCUGGGAGGUUUUAUACGUAGCAACACAGUAUAUGUUGUAUUUUUUGUAUAUGUAAGUUGUUGGUUUUCGAAAGGGACAUAACUUUAAAUAAGAUUUACAACCAACAAUUGAGAGCAGUCUCCAUAUAUACAUUGAAACUUUACCUAAUUUUGACGUGCAAAUGAUUUGCUGAGAACAGUCUAAAUUUGCUUAAGGUUCCGUCCCUUUUGUUUUGUCCCUUGGUUUGUCUGAAAAAUUGGAAUAUUGUAUUACACACAUAAUGUUUGUAAUGAUGGGGUGGUAGUUUAAGAGUAAGAUAAAGUAUUCUGAAUUGUUUGCUUUGUUAUCAUCAGUCUGAUGAUAGUAUGAUGGCUAUCACAGAACACCGAAGUUAAAAUUGAAUUAUUAAGGUAUGUUUAACAUAAUUCUUGUUGUUUUGUUGGGGUUUUUUUCUAUUUGUUAACAAAUGUACUUACAUAUACAUAGCCUUCUUAUGUUGAAAUAAGGUAAAAUGAUAUGGUCGCAGUAAUUUCAAAAUAUAUUGUGAAGUGAAUUUAUGCAUACAAUUUCAUGAUUUAUUUUUAAUUUUGUGUGUGUAUGCAAAUUUGGGAACUUCUUGAUAUUUUAGAGCAAAACUGACAAUUUCUUGAUAUUUUAGUGCAAAACUAGCAAUUUCUUGAUAUUUUAGUGCAAAACUAGCAAUUUCAUGAUGUUGUCAAAAUUUGAUGAUGUGUUCAAAAUUGGCAAUUUCAUGGAUUAGGCAAAAAUGGCAAUUUCAAGUGCACAUAUUCACAUUGAAGUAUUAAUUACAUUAGGUAGAUGAAAUUAAUCUAGGUAACAAAGUAAAUUGCUCAAUAACUAAAUUAAAAUGUCAUGUGUUUUAAUGAUACUUUUAUAUAUUUAGACAGUUUGAAUUAAAGAAAAGGGUUGCCGGGUAAAUUUAUUAUACAGAUUAAUCAGGUUAAUGAAGAAGAGAGCAAUCCCCAGAAUAUAUGUUAUCCAUUGAGAAAUAUUUCAUUGUUCCAAGGUCACUAAUUAUCUUUAACCCAUAACCUUCUGUGACCUGUAUAAAGGUCUGCCAGCACUGCCCUGCAGGCUGUCCAGUCUCUAUACUGUUGGCUGUCCAAAUUUUAAAUUUCAUUAUUCUAACGCAAUAACAAAAUAACUCUUAUUAAAUUUAGAAGAAAUUAUUCUGUUACUGCACUAAGGUGACAUAAUGCAAUGUAAAGUUCUUUUUGAUAUCCCUGAAAUUGAUGAUAGGCAGUGCCAGAAAUGUAAGCUGGAAAAGUUCAUUUUAGACAGUAAUGAUUCAUUGCUAUGUUUUGUUUAGCUUACAUAUAUUAAAUGUAAUAUUUAUUAUCAUUGUUUUAAUUGCAUGUUAACCCAUUACUUCAUGAGCAUUUUGUGAAAAAUGGCUGUUUUCAUUAAAAAGUCUCCCGUUACAAGUUCAAAUUGCUAUAAUACUAUAAAAACUGCUUCAACACUAAUCAAACUUGGCACAAAUGUUGACUGAACCAUUGCCCUUGCAACAACAUGCUCAGGCUUAAAUUUUCUGUUACCAUGGCAACGAGGGGACAUCUCAAAAUUGCCAAAAAUCACUAUUUUGCGUUGAUUUUUUCCAUCAAAAUUGAUUUCAAAGUGCUGCAACUUUUCAAUGGAUUGAGAUAGAGUCAAAUGCUUUUCAGCGUUGGUUAAACGUUACCUUAUGAUCAAUCUGGGGUCAUUUACAGCCUCUCACAAGUCCAAAAUUUUCUUGGCGAUGAGGGGGGCUCCGCCCCCCUUCAAACCCCCCAAACAGAAGGGGGCACAUCCCCCUUCUGGCAACCCCCUGAUGUAUCUUUUGGUUGGGGGGCCGCGCCGAAAAAGAGGUCACUUUUUUUAACAACAUUUCUCAAACAAAAACAAGUGUUUGGGGCCUAAAUAAGGCAUUUUUCAUCAUUUAAGACAACAAAAAGGGGGGGGGGGUGAUAAAGGCGUUAAAAGGCGUGUAUAUGAAGUAAUGGGUUAAUAGAAAAUGAUGAAAAUACUUGAAAUUACCCUAAAUCGCGUUUUUUCAUGUUUGAACAUGGCCUGUCAUAUAAAUUUGAAGAAAAAUUGUUGUUUUGUAGAUUUUUUUAUUUUUUUCAUUAACCAUUACUUCAUGAGC